AUUCAUGCUGCUCACCCGAAAACACUGGUUGGAUAAAGGGAAGGGGCUUACAUGGCCCGAUAACACCAUUUGCGCCGGGCGGAGGGGGUUUAACCCUGGUGGAUCGUGUACUUCUCAGCCUGAUUUUUUUUUCCUACUAGGAACAUCCCGUCGCCCAUAUAGGUCUACUCAGGCCCAGUGCAAGCUCCAGUUUUUUGCCGUCGAUAUGGUCUGGCUGAAGAGGAUUCGUUCCAAGUGGUGCACCUCCGUUGGAAACCUCCUACAGGCCAAGGGAAAAAAAGGCUAUGCGGUCGUGCUCGAAUACCCAGCCCAGCUCUUCAAUGGACGGCCGAAUCAAUCGCCAGCGAACGAGGAAGAAGAGGAUGCAUUCGAAGGAGAGUUGCACCCGCCCACCAGGCAGCUGCACACCGCCUUCGAGUACCUCCUCCUUCGCCUCUACCACCACAAGGACCUGGCCCUCCCCGUGAACGUCAAGGCCGGCAUGUUUCCGCCGACUCAGCCCCCGUCCCCAACCGUGCCCUCUUCCCAGGCAAAGCCCACGCUUGCCGCCCAGGUACGACACUUCAAGCUUAGCAAACUGAUCGUAGUCGUGGACAAGCUCAUCGUCAUGCAAGAGAAGCUGUUCCGACGUCUGGAGAAGCAGGCCAACUGGGCCGAGUGGGUCCAGGAUAGCCUACAGCACUUGUUCCAAGUCCUCGAAAAGGAAUGUGAUAAAAUACAACAGCUUUCCAUGAACCUCUCCAGCGAGCGAGAGGACCGCUUCCAGAUGGAGACCGACAUCAACGCUCUCACUGACUCCCUCCAGGAGAUCCUGACCAGCUUUGGCGCGCUCACCCAGGCCUGGACCGACGUGGUGGGCCACGUGGCCGCCAACGUGGUCGAAGUGCAGGCCGGCGGUGACGGGAACCCGUGGCCGGACGUGGACACGGUGACCGACCUGCGCCGGGGGCUCCCCGAGAGGUACACAGUGGACUACGUGGCCCUGUGUGCGGACCUGGCUUCUAAGGAUGGUAAGGAGUGGAAUUUCGAUCCGGUUCAACUGGCAGUCGGCGCUGGCACCGCUGGUCUGGAAGGGGCCAAGUGUUUCUCCAGAGCAAGUGUCGGCACCCUUCAGGACAAGGACUAUUAACACGGCUCUACCACUGUCUUCAUUGGUGCCACAUCGUUAAUGGAUGUUGUUCAUGUACUGAAUCAGAGAUCUCAAAACUGUUGUCUUCACCAAAACAGGUUUUCUUUGAGUUUAUACAAAGGACUUGAUACCAGUAUUUACUGCAUUUUUUGUUUUUCAAAUGACUUCUUUCAUGUAAGGCACGUAUACCACUUGAUCAUAAUAACAGGCCUAUACAUGUAACAGCUGAAUAAUUCUCCAAAAUGUACUGCCUAUGGAAUUUAUUAUUCCAUAAUUAUUAUUCCAUAUCAAAGUAUUGAUAAGGUGUAACUAUGACUAAAAUGUGGAGUUUUUCGAUACCACACAUGACAGGGCCGACGUAUUUUUCUCAAAUAUAAAAAACAUUAUCAUAUUUGCGCUAUUACGGUCACAACAGAUUGUUUACAUUUCGCGCAUGAGUGGACGUCGAGUUUCCACACUAGUCUGGUGCUCGUCACGCAUAUAAGAAAUGUAAUAAUGAGUAAACAUUUCCGAGGCUUAUUCCGACACCACACGUAACACAGUCUUAUUACUUGAUCAUUUAAACGGUAUAAAUGUUCAAAUUUAUGAAUGGCCUCAUUAAUUGCUGCGAGAAU